AUGCCGGUCCAACAGCUUCAACCAGCGACCGACAGUUCUUACAACAAUCGUGGUCCAGUCAUGUACGCUCAGCAAGCUUCGCAGGCUCAAGCCUCCCGUGCUUCUCAAACCCAUCCUGGGGCCUACCUGGCUGCUGGAGCUUCUCAGAACGAUAUUGGCCUCCAGUCCAUGAUUGGUUCAUUUGCUCAGGCUCACAUCGGUGUUCCAAAUGGAACUAUCCCAGCUGCAUCAAACACCAUUCAGGGUGUCAAUACUCCACAGUACUUCCUCACGCAGGAGGGCCAGCUCUUUUGCAUGCCUUCUGCCAAUAUCUACCCUACCCAGUCGGUUGCAACUGCUCAGCUCCAAGACGGCGGUUAUGCCACAUAUGCUCCAGGCCUUCCUUAUGGCACCCAAGCCGGUUAUCCUAGCUACAUGCCUGGCUAUGCCAUGAUGCCUUAUCCACAGGCGCGUCAAGGUCAUCUAUCAGAUCGUCAGGGAGCCAUGCACAAGGACGUUCCAGGCCUUGAUAAUCGCCGAGGAUCCUACUCGACCAAUGAAUCUGCCCCAGGAACUCCAUUCUAUGGCUCUCUGGGUCACGGUGACCACGGCACUGUUAUUGCCACUGUGGAUAGAUCUCCGAUCUACUCAACCCCGUCACCGCAGUUACCAUACAACGUGAACAUGUCACAGGUGGGAAAGCCUCUGCCAUACAAGUCUAUUCCAGCCAACUAUAACGCCGCCACAAUCAACCAGAUAAUUCCAGAUGCUGUCCCGGCCGUGUUCACUCCUCAAGAGAGCAUGAGAACUCUGGAUCAAAGCUUGUCCAGCCCGAUCUACGGCAAUCGCAAUGUUUACAUUCGUGGACUUCAUCCAGGUACUGAUGAUGAGACCUUGGCCGCAUAUGCCAACCUUUUCGGUCGUGUGGAAACUUCCAAGGCUAUCAUUGAUACCGGCACUGGAACUUGCAAAGGCUUCGGUUUUGCCAAAUACUUUGAUGUCCGUGACUCUGAGAAGUGCAUCCGUGGAUUCUUCGCUAAGGGAUAUGAAGUCGGUUUUGCCAGGGAGUCGUUCAAUUCACGUUUGAAAGCAAAGGGCGACCACAGCUCCACCAACCUGUACGUUUCGAACUUGCCAAAGGACAUGAAUGAGACGGAGCUUGCUGCUACCUUCAUGGAUUACAAUGUGGUCUCGAGCAGAAUUUUGCACGAUUCUCAGGGCAACAGUCGUGGUGUUGGAUUUGCACGUUUCGAGAGCCGUGAAAUUUGCGAGGAGAUUAUCAGAACGUUCCACGGAACUCCUGUAGGCCUGGAGGGUCUUCUUAUGCAGGUCCGCUAUGCCGAUACGCCAGCGCAGAAAGACCUCAAGAAAGUCACGACUGAGAGACGCCAGUUUCGCACCACUGAGUACAAUGUGAGUGCUUAUGGCAGCCCCGCGGAUGCUGCCAACCUCUCCCCUCUAAUAGCAUCCGCCGGGGUUACGCGCAUGGCUCAAAUAUCUGGCCACCUCCCCCAAUUGAAGAAUGUUGGGUCAUGGAAGAGAAAUGGAUCUUCUUCGGAUAAUACUGGGUCGUCUGAUGGAGCUUCCGCUCCUGGCUCUGCAUUCAAGGACCUUGACACCCGUGUUACCCAGACUAUCCUUACACCAAGCAAACAGGAGGGCUCCGAGCAACAGGAAGAACGUUCCACUCCAACGGUGUCUGACGACGACUCAGCUGAUGAGGGCGCUACUAUUAAUUGUUUAUCUCCAGUUCGGGUUUGAUGCGACUUUGGCAUGAUAACUACCACUUGCGGCUGCAAACUAAAGAGAAGGAACAGUCUUAUGUUAUCAAGAACAGCAUAUAUUUCGUGGAGUUCAAGAGCCCACGUUCAGUUUUACGCAUCCAACGACCUUCAUACUCAUACUCACGGCAUUAUACCCCUCGAAUAUUCAUCUAGGCGCAUAGCCUUACGGAUCAUACCUACCUCAAUACAUACGUAAUGUCCAUCAAAAGCUUGGGAGUUCAGCUGUGUAUCAUAGGCGGCCAUGUGGCAUCGGGUCUACUGCAGGAGGACAUACUUCAAGAAGGGUAUGGCAUUUCAUCAAAAGCGAUUUGCACGCAAUCAUUCAUUAGUAGAAGGAUCGAACAGGCGAUUGCAGGUGGUCACGAAGUAUCAAAGGUGCAUCCUUGCUUGUAGUUUCCUUCGGCGCUUUAUUUUUUCCCGUGGUUGUGGUCUUCCCACCCACGAUGAUGUACUCGCUGAU